GCUGCCGUCGCUCAGAUGUGGUGCUGGGCGUUUCAAACGAGCAGCUUCUUGACUUGGUUUCUAAAUUCCAAACCACAACUUUGUAUUGACAGUCUUUUUGUGUGUGUUGGUUGGGGUUUUUUUGGGUUUUCUUUUUUUCCCCCCUCUAACACAUUGUAUUCCUCAGGCAACUUGUUGCGGCGCUGGAAUGUUCCGGCGGCGGUGGCGCAGAGCAGCCGGGCGGCGGGCACCGGGGUGCCCGGGGGCAGAGGAGAGAGCUCUGCUCUUGUCCUUGUUGUGGGCUUGUCAACCCUGGGCGCGGGUGUCUAUGUGUACAAAUCACUGAGAGACAACAAGGAGCGGUUCACCAGCCGUGUCUCGACAAUAACUACGCGAUCUCAAGAAAGUGAAUCAUCUCCUGGUACAGAUGCUGCUUCUCGGGGCACGAGAGCUCCAGGGGCUCGCCCCGAGGUCCCGUCCCACGUUCCUUUCCUGCUGAUCGGUGGAGGAACGGCUGCUUUUGCUGCUGCCAGAUCCAUUCGGGCUCGUGACCCUGGUGCCCGGGUGCUGAUCGUGUCCGAAGAUCCUGCCCUGCCCUACAUGCGUCCGCCUCUCUCCAAAGAACUGUGGUUUUCCGAUGAUCCCCAUGUGACAGAGACGCUGCGGUUCAAGCAGUGGAAUGGCAAGGAGAGGAGUAUCUAUUUCCAGCCGCCGUCAUUCUACGUGCCUGUCCGAGACCUGCCUUUUGUAGAAAAUGGGGGAGUAGCUGUUCUCUGUGGCAAGAAGGUCGUGCAUAUGGAUGUUAGAGGCAACACAGUGAAGCUCAGUGAUGGUACCCAGAUAUCCUAUGACAAGUGUCUAAUCGCCACCGGUGGUUCUCCAAGGAACUUACCUGCCAUUGAAAGAGCAGGAAAAGAAGUACAGCAGAGGCUGACGCUGUUCCGAAAGAUUGAGGACUUCAAAAGUCUGGAGAAGAUCUCAAGAGAAGUCAAGUCCAUCACGAUUAUCGGUGGUGGUUUUCUCGGCAGCGAGCUGGCCUGUGCUCUGGGGAGAAGAGCACGAACCAGGGGCCUGGAGGUGAUCCAGCUCUUCCCAGAGAACGGCAAUAUGGGCAAAGUCUUGCCUGAAUAUCUGAGCAACUGGACCACGGAGAAAGUCAGAAAAGAGGGUGUCAAUGUCAUGCCUAACGCUGUGGUCAAGUCCGUCUCUGUCUCUGGCAAGCGGCUGCUGAUUAAGCUGAAAGACGGCCGAAAGGUGGAGACGGAUCACAUUGUGGCUGCGGUAGGGCUGGAGCCCAACGUGGAAUUGGCCAAGUCCGCUGGGCUGGAGGUGGACUCGGACUUCGGGGGGUUCCGGGUGAACGCGGAGCUGCAGGCACGCUCCAACAUCUGGGUGGCAGGGGACGCUGCUUGUUUCUAUGAUAUCAAACUGGGUAGGAGACGUGUGGAGCACCACGACCACGCCGUGGUGAGCGGGAGACUCGCUGGAGAAAACAUGACGGGAGCUGCGAAGCCCUACUGGCACCAGUCCAUGUUCUGGAGCGAUCUGGGCCCCAACGUAGGGUACGAAGCCAUCGGCCUCGUUGACAGUAGUUUGCCAACGGUUGGAGUUUUUGCUAAAGCAACAGCAAAAGACACCCCGAAAAGUGCCACGGAGCAGUCAGGGACUGGUAUUCGAUCAGAGAGUGAAACAGAAGCAGAAGCCUCAGAAGUUCGCAUCGCUCCAAGCUCUUCGCCGACGCCUCAGGUUCCAAAGCCAGGAGAAGAUUAUGGCAAAGGCGUCAUUUUCUACCUCAGGGAUAAAGUUGUGGUAGGAAUCGUGUUGUGGAACAUCUUCAACAGGAUGCCCAUUGCUCGGAAGAUCAUCAAGGAUGGGGAGGAGCAUGAGGAUCUCAACGAAGUGGCGAAGCUUUUCAACAUCCACGAGGACUGAGCUCCCGAGGGGAACGCUGCAGCGGGAGCCCGUGGGGCAGGGGGGUGCUGGCUGUGUGCCCCCCUUCAGCUGGGACACCUUCCUCCCAGCCCUUGUGAAUAUUUCCCCUCACCCUGAGCUCUCACAUUUGCACCAAUAAAUCCAGAUUGUUCUCA